CUCCUCCAAAAGACUCCCAAUCGCUGGAUGGAGGAGCGUCAGUUCCUUAUUGAAAAGUGAGCCCACCGAAUUUCGUUCACGUUCUCCCGGUUCUCAUCAGAGGUUCUAGUGAAUACCAAGACGAGUUGUGAACCCCCCUACCCACCAGGGAGAUGCUGGUAGGAACGAGGAGAGGGAACAAGCAAGUGACCAAUCAUUCAUCAGCGAUAAAAAGCAAAAGAACAGUGUGGUGAGGUGUGCCAAUCAUUCCCACUACGUACUCGAAGCAACCGGAAAUAGAUCAAAAACACACCGGAGAACAAACAAAGUCACUUUGGACGGGAAUUGUCUCAUCUGCUUUGUUUGGCAUGCAUUCCGCGUCACACCUGAGUGAAUUGAAUUCCUGAAGAACGACGAAUGGAAAUUGAAUGCAUGUAUUGGACAUGCCCCCGAUCAGUGAGAUUGAUUCUGCCCGAUGGUAAUCCAUGAUCUAUCAGGAAAUGCAGUGGCAAGAACAUUAGACGUCUGGCAGUGAUACCUUGGCCGUCCGACCAUGGCCUCAUCGUCCACAUCAUCGUCGCAUUCCAAGCCGCCCUCGGCUGGAUAUUCAGCCCGGAGUUCUCGGGCCGUGUCUCCGGCCUCGGAAUUAGGCCCUCCACCCCGGAGAUCCACUUCGCCCACGUCCUCCACGGGCACGUGCUCCACCACGACAAGUCCACCAACCUCCAAGUCCAGGUGGCAAAAGCUCAUCUCCUCCUUGAGGAAGAGCAAAGACUCGGAUAGUUCUUCCACGGUUGAGGCUCAUCGCUUAAAGCAUUCGCACAAUUGCUCAAAUGCCUUCCUUCGCGCAGGCAUUUCCAACAUGAAGGGCUAUAAAAAGGCCAAUCAAGACAGAUGCACAGCCUUCUCCUAUCUUGAAAACGACCCCGAUCUCUCGUUCUUCGCCGUUUAUGAUGGACAUGGGGGCACUGGGGUGGCCAAUUAUCUCAAGGAUCAUCUCCAUGAGUUCGUUCUGGACCAAGUCGAGUACAAAGAGGGGAACAUGGAAGAGGCCAUUCUGAAGGCCUUUCUUCAGGUAGACCAGGAUCUUCGCACUUACGGGACAGCCACCGAGCUUACUGGAUCCACGGCCACGGUGUUGUUGAUCAAGCACGGCGAAUUGUUUUGUGCCAAUUUGGGGGACUCGAGGGCCACGGCUUGCGUCCGAGGACUGGUUAAACCACUCACCUGUGAUCACAACACUAGUAAUGCCAAAGAAAGGGAACGUGUUUACGCCAUGGGAGGAACCAUCAAGGAUAACCGAGUGAGUGGAGUUCUUAUUCCGACUCGAUGCUUUGGCGAUUUCUUGCUCAAGUCCGAAAUUGAGAAGCCAGCAUGGAAACAAGUGAUCUCCGCUGUGCCCCAAAUUUUGUCCUUCAAAAUAACGUCCAAUUGGGACUUCAUUGUGGUUGGGUCGGAUGGUGUCUGGGACGCCAUGACCAACCAAGAGAUGAUCUCCUUCGUCAAAACCAAGCUCUCAGCCAUGUGCGCCGGCCAGACAUCCCGUGAUAAAGUGGUUCUGUCGACGUUGUGCGAGGAGAUCUUGGAUCUAUGUUGUGCCAAAACUGUGGAACGCUACGGCAAAAACAGCUGCGACAACAUGACCAUUAUCAUCAUCUGGAUGGAUCACUCCGACCAUCGCUCGGAAACGGGAAGUUCGGUUGUGAGCAGUGUUGUCAGCAGAUGAUGAAAGCCAGAGGGAACGGCGGGCUAAAAGUCAACCUUCUUCACGAAGGCCGAAGAAAGGACCUUUAACUUUCCUCGGGCGAACAGCCAUUCCAUCAAUCCGGACAGCCCCUCGAUCAAGCAAGGUUCAAAGCAAUACACAAACAUACACCAUAACACACCUUUAUUCAAGUUGAUGAUGUUCAAAUCGUGUUCUUCAUAUGCCUUCCUUUCAAUCCCAGAUGGUGUUGGUUGGCAUAACAAAAACUCAUUGAUGUUGAGAUGAACCAAAAUUAGCCCGUCCUUCCCUCGAAAUGAAUACAAAAACGAACACAUAACCCUGUUCCCUAUUAACACCCAUUGACCGAUCGUUAUCUUUCCCAAUCCCCAUACCUUGAUCUGGUCACAGAUGUACUGUUUCCCCUAGAUGGAACAAAUCUUAAGCGAGUAUUUCACCUCAUAGGCUGCGGUCGAAUGAUUGACUGGAAGUUUCCGCAACUUUUUGCUUCUUAAUUAAAGAGUUUGCAUUAGAGGAAACCUGGAAAACUGUCAGUAAGACAUGGUUUCUAUGAACCAGACUUAGAAUCUAAACUUGCGCCUGAGUCCACAAAGCAAAGGUGGGACCUCCAACUUUGUCAGUUUUCACUAAGACAGAUUUCAAUUGGUAUACGUAAAAUUGGCCAGAUUGAGGCCUCGUCGUAAUGAAUAUACUGGAUAAAUGGAACGGUAAAGGCCACUCUUGGUGUGGAUCUUGGAGCAGGAAGGCAAAUACUUCUCUAAUGCAACCUCUACAUUCAGUUACUAACUACUUAUCUAGGGAUUCCAUUUACGACCGUUGCCCUAAUUCAGACCUUUCAAACGCACAAUACGCACAUUGUCAGAUAGAAAAAAGGAUAUAUCGUAUCUUUAAAAACUCGAGUUUGUUGGACCAAAUUUGUCCAGUGUUAUUUUUCGCUUUGUUAUCCCUUGCAUUAUCCUAUUGAAUAGUGUUUUAUGUUAAAAAAAUACCAUAAAGAUGAAUCCAUCAUGACUGUGAUAUGUAUUUUAUAACAAGGCUUAGAUUUAACCACGCGUUGACCACACUUCCGCCAUUGGCCUUAACCUUCUAAAACAAAGCAUAGACAUAAAUAGAACCGAUCAUUGUCAUGUUUGACCGGCCACCUUCUCAACAAGUAAUUUCAAUCUUUAUCUUCCUAAUUAGUUGACCCACCUUUGUCCCUCAAAGCAAGUGUUACAAACCAUUAUUCAAAAUGGUCUUGAUGGGAAUGUAUAACUGAGACGAGAAUAUACAACUAUAAUUCCUUA